AUGGCGCCACAAUCACUACUCCAGCUGUUGCUGCUGGCAUCUGCUGCUGCCGCAGACGUCCCGGUCUGGAGUCAAUGCGGCGGAUCAAACUAUGCUGGUCCGACUGCUUGUGCAUCCGGCAACUACUGUAGCUUUGGAAACCCGUGGUACUCCCAAUGCCUACCCGGAAGCGUGGACGAGCCGCUUGACAGCAACAUUCCUGAUUCCCCUCUCGAGACAAAUACUGUCCAGACAAUUAUCACGAUUGGCGGCAACCAGGGCAACGGCGGUGCACCGCCCGUCACCCUCACCACGUCCUACACGUUCCUUCUGCCCAGUACCACCAUUUACGCCCAUCACCACACGUCGACCCAGACACCAGCACCUCCUUCGCCCGGCAGCGGUGGCGGUGGCGGCGGUGGCGGUGACGGCAACAGUGGCCCUCCCUUGCUGACGGUCAUUGGCGGCACCACGUACACGAUCCUGCCCGAUGCGCCCGCCACGGGCAACAACAAGCGGACGGCCGUGGCCCCGGUAGCGGCACGGGCGACGACGCUGUACAACGACGGACGUCCUCUGGUUCCCGACGAGGCGCUGUCGCUGCAAAAGGAGCACAUCAAAGCGACGCCUACGGCGCAGUGGACGACGAUUGUGACUGUGAAGAAAGCAUGA